UGCAUUCAGGGGAGGCCUUGCUGGGCGGCCUCCACCUGCUGCGGGCGGGGCCAGGGCGGAGCCAAGAUGCGGAGGGAGGUGUGACGCACCAGAGACUCCGACCGCCGCUCGCUGCCCGACCCCCAGCGAGGCCCAGACCCGCGGCAGGCUCCUCUGGCCCCUGGGUUAAAAAUGGUCUCCAGGAUGGUCUCCACCAUGCUAUCCGGCCUGAUCUUUUGGUUGACAUUUGGGUGGACUUCAACAUCUGCCUAUAGCCCGCGGACCCCCGACCGGGUCUCAGAAACGGACAUGCAGAGGCUGCUCCAUGGCGUUAUGGAGCAGCUGGGCAUCGCCAGGCCACGGGUGGAGUAUCCAGCUCACCAGGCCAUGAAUCUUGUGGGCCCACAGAGCAUCGAAGGUGGAGCUCAUGAAGGUCUGCAGCACUUGGGUCCUUUUGGCAACAUCCCAAACAUUGUGGCAGAGUUGACUGGUGACAACAUUCCCAAGGACUUCAGUGAGGAUCAGGGCUACCCUGACCCUCCAAAUCCUUGUCCUGUUGGAAAAACAGCAGAUGAUGGAUGUUUAGAACACACCCCCGACACAGCGGAGUUCAGUCGAGAAUUCCAGUUGCACCAGCACCUGUAUGAUCCCGAACAUGACUACCCAGGCUUGGGCAAGUGGAACAAGAAGCUCCUGUAUGAGAAGAUGAAGGCAGGACAGAGACGAAAGCGGAGGAGUGUCAACCCAUAUCUACAAGGACAGAGACUGGACAACGUUGUUGCAAAGAAAUCGGUCCCCCAUUUUUCAGACGAGGAUAAGGACCCAGAGUAAAGAAGAUGCUGGGGGGACACCCACACCGCCAUCAGGCCUUGGUAUUGCUUAUGUGCAUCUGUUAUUAGAGCCCCCGUGAAUGGCGAAAUGCUUAUAAUUUAGUCCAGUGUGGAUGAAAAGCAGCUUUACCUUGCUAUUGCAUUGUCCUUCACUGAUAGCCCCGCUUUCUGCUAAAUACAAACUUUUAAAAAAAAUUUAUUUAUGAGGAUCUGAAAUGAGCAUUAAAAUGAAAGUGUGUAUGUCAAUAACAAUGAAAAGCAGGACUGUGAAUGGAAUGUCAGAUUUCUUGCCGUUUGGAAUGCUGCUUUGGCUGCACUGUUUGGGCCCAGUCUGUAAAAAGCUGGCAUUUGGUUUUGAUGAUGUCGCUCACCCAGCCCAUGGGCGUUGUUACACACCAAUAAAGAAGGUUGUACUCGGAGGAGGGCCUGACACAUCUCACUUGGCUGCAUCUUAAUAAAUGUGCGUU